CGCCGUUCGACCGUAACUUGGGUACGAAGAUGGGCGCCAAGGCGGUGGAGUGGUUCAGUGACCAGCUGCGAAAGUGCACCAGCCCGGAUGGCAAAACGUUCACUACGGCGGCGGACAGCGCGGUGAUGCUCGGUAUUGUCAGACGCCAGUACCGAUACACGCCAUUCACGGAGCUCAUCGAGGUUACCGAUUUUGAGCAUCGCAUUCCGACAUAUCAGUGGUGGAUGAAGCUGCGCCCGUUGCUGAAAGUACUGGCGAAGCACGAGUCGAC